AUGGCUACCAAGAAAUUUUCAGCUAUUAUAUUACCUUUGUAUAUGAUAUUUACUCUCGUGCUAUUGCCCAUAACAUCAGGAAGAAAACAAAAAGAACCAUGUCAGGAUUGGAGAUAUGGAUGUAGCAGCAGAGUUGCAUGUAGUGCAAAGUGCUUAUCUCUCGGUUACAAAGGAGGAGACUGUGUCACAUUUGCUUUUCCUGUUUGUUGCUGCAAAAUCAAUUUGGAAUUUCAACAUGAUUCUCCUACUUCUAGUCCGAUCAUGACAAAUUAA